AAAAUCGAAUGUUGCACAUAAAAGUAAGCAGAGAGAGGAAACUUUUCUAACUUUUUACACCAUAACAAGAUUUUGGUGAUCAAAAUGGUGCGCCGUCAUUGAUAUGAGCAUGAGCCCAGCAGUUUCCGGCGCGGUUGGUUUCCGGGCUGUUGUUGGAGACCCUUUAAAGCCCUUUCCAUCGAAAUGGCUGAUCUCGACGAUUUCUUCGCCAAAAAGGACCGUAAGAAGGGAACGAAAGGAGGGAAGAAGUUCACGACGACCGAAGAAUUAGCCAAAAAAUUGGAGGAAACUCACAGAAGGGAGAAGGAACGAGUGAAAGAAAAGAAACUUCUUUCUUCUCAAAAUGUCGAUGGUGAUGGUGAACAUAGAGGCGAGCGAAAGGAAGAGGAGGAAUGGAAAGACUAUGAGGAAGAGAAAAAGGACUAUACCAACUUGAAAAUUCAGAAUCUUCAAAUCACUGAGACUCCUACCGGGGAGGAUGCCGAAGGAGAAGAUGGAGAACCAAUCAUGGAAGAAAAUGAAGCAGGUGAGAUGGUUCCUCGCAAGAAGCAGCCAACUGGACCAUGGAAUGCUCAGCAGCAACCCCAGCAGCAGCAGCAACACCAGCACCAGGAGCAGGAACCUGUGAGGGCAGAAGUUGUCAGGCCACCACCACCAGCACCGUCAGAAAGUGGAGAUGGUGGUGGUAGCUCUGGAGCUGGAGGCUACGUGCCACCUCACAUGCGAGGAGGCAAUCAAUCUUCCAAUAGCUAUUCCCCUUCAUCCAGCUACUCUUCAUCUGGCUACUCUUCAUCCGGCUACUCUUCAUCGAUGCCUUUAUCAAAUUCACGCCUAAGAAGUAGAGCUGCUCCAGACAUAACCAACGAAGCUUACUUUCCUACAUUGUCAGCUGCCAACAGUGCUGAGCCAAACAAUGUGUGGGGGAGGAGACGAGAGGAGGGCAGAGGAUUUGAAGAAGUGAGGAACAGCAGAACACACACAGCUACUUAUAAUCCGAAGAUGGCUCCAUCAGGUCAAGGACCUAAUCUGUCCCUUGGAAAUAAGUGGGAUGCCUUGAGGGACCAGAGCUACCAGAGCUGAGGUCAACAUUAUGCCUAACACAGAGCCAAGUGUCGAUGCUCCUCCAUCAAAUUAAUCUGGCUGCUGUGGUGUAAUCUGUGUCAGUGCUGAUCGGCUCAAGACUCAUGUGAAAUAAGUGAUAACUAAGAGAAACCUAAGUGAUUGCAAAACACAACCCGGCAACUGACCGCCUGCCUCAGUGUAACUUUUUAGGAUAGGUUCUGUGUACUUUCUGUGGGUGUGAGUGUGUUUGUGUGGUAUGGGCCAAUCACCUGUGCCAUUCACUGACCUAUUCUUCACCUCUUGGGUAUUGUAUGAUAUAUGUCUGAAACUAGUGUGCUUCUGUCUAUAUCAUUUAUUUUUUGAUGAAUGUACAGAUAUGUGGCACAAAUUAGUCUUGUACUAAAAUUUACAGAAUUUGAACGACAUGUGUUGAACAUUCAGAUAAAAAACUUGCAUUUUUAAUAAUUUUUUUAAUUUAAUAAAUUCAUUUUGUGAAAGUCAACAUGGCCUCUGGUGAACCCACUUUUACAUAAGCCAAGCCUGAGCUGUGAAAGUGAGGAUAAGUUAAUAAUUUAUGGAAAAAAAUAGAGACUCUAAGAUGCAGUGUAACUGCUAGUAGGCUGUGGUUAUCCUCACCACUGCUUACACAUUUUUUUUAAAUCUUUCUCUUUUUUUUGUAAUACGGUAUUAUUGACUGGUGCUGCCAAGUCCUUUAUUACAAGUGCGCCAAAUAAGCCACAGUAUAUUAUUGUUAUUUUUGAAGGCCCCAAAUGUUAUAUUUACAUUACAAAAGUUGUCAUUUCAUAAUUAAGGACUAGGGUGUUGAUUGUGUCAGUUACCCAUGUCUAAUUUAUAGAUCAUUAUUUUCGGUGUGUAGCUUUGUGCGGUAAAGAGAUGGCAUUGGUAGUGAAUCCAGACUUGAGUGGCAAAAUAAAGAAGUUGGUUCUUGGUUAA